UACAUUUCCUCUUUAUGUAAGGCGGCAGUAUUUAGCUCAUUAUAUUAUUGUCAAUCGGCUUUUGAAGGCAGGGCGCUCUAAAUAUGUAGCCAUGCAUACAAAUUAACUCGUUAUCAGGUCAACAAAUCUACCACGGCCAAUAUCCAGGAAUGAUUAAGUACUGAUUGAAAUACUGGGCCUCUAAUCGCUAAGGCGAUGACAUCGAUUGUUGCAAAAACCAAUCACAUAGCUCGAAUUAUCUAUCUAUUUACAUACGCUGGUAAAAUCGGAAAAAGUGGUUAGUUCCUUCGAUUUUGAGGCCGAAACUUUACUGGUGAACCGACGUUGUUUUGACGCUUAAAGGUUAAAUCUUAUUCCGUCUGGAAGCUGGAGGAACAGCUGAGGACAUGAGAGAAGCUCAUGAUAUGCAAACGGAGCAAUUCGUCUGACAGGCUCCCAUUCCGGAGCAAGCGUCUUUUUCUUUUCCUUCUGACAUCUUCAGCAUUUUUAACAUAUAUUCUCUACGGGAACGUGCACAGGAUUAGCCAUACAGUAAAGUUCACUCCCUUCAAUGGCUUAAAAAAUGAGAACAACCACUCGAUCUUAACGCGUGUGAGGUCAGGGGCAACGAAACGACCACUUCGACAAUCGAAUCAUUUGGAACACGUGGCAUUUGGAGUGUCGUCGGAUUUCAAAACAAAAUUAAAUCCGACCAGAACUUCAGACAAAUUGAGAAAAUUUACAUCAAAGCUGUUCCAAGAACGCAUUAAACAUCGAUCUCCGGAAGACUCUGCGUCCCGCAGUCGGCUUAACUCUCGCAUCAAGUACACUAGCAACGUUAGCGGUGUUGACAAGAGCUUGAAUUAUUCCUCUAUUCAGGGCGAUCGGAAACGUUUGUUGAAUUUUAGGAGUCAAAGUGAACGAAUUGAAGAUAGUGAAGAUAGCGACGUUUCUGAGUUUGAGCUUGAAGAUGACGAAUUUAAGAAACGACUUCCGAACGCCAUAAUUAUAGGUGUAAAGAAAGGAGGAACACGCGCGCUGCUUGAAAUCUUAAAGAUUCAUCCGAGUAUCAGAGCGUGUAGCAGUGAAGUGCACUUCUUCGAUCGAGAUGAAAAUUACGAACAAGGACUUAGCUGGUAUCGAGAACAAAUGCCUAAGUCAUUGCCGGAGCAGAUCACGAUUGAGAAAUCCCCAAGUUACUUUAUAACUUCGAAGGUACCUGAGAGAGUGUAUCGAAUGUCUGAAACUAUUAAACUCAUCGUGAUUGUACGCGACCCCACAACACGAGCGAUAUCGGAUUAUACCCAAGGGUUAGAGAGAAAACCCGAUAACCCACGUUUUGAAGAAAUGGUUUUUAACGAGGAAGGCGAAGUGGACGAAAGCUGGAGCAAAGUCUCCAUUGGCCGCUAUGCCGAGCACUUAGCGAAGUGGAUGGAAUAUUUCCCUUUGAGGCAAUUCCAUUUUGUUAGCGGAGAGGAACUUGUCAAAAGACCCGCUAAAGAAUUGAAACUCGUUGAACGAUUUCUAAAUAUAAAACCUUUCAUCAGGGAGGAUAAUUUCUAUUUUAACGAAAGUAAAGGAUUUCCGUGUUUUGUCGGUAAAAUCUCAAACGCUGGGACCGUGAACAAAGCACACUGCAUGGGCGAAUCGAAAGGCAGAAAACAUCCCGCUGUUCACGAGGACGUUUUACUAAAGUUACGGGGAUAUUUUGACCCAUUAAAUAAAAAAUUGUAUUCGAUGGUGCGUCGAAAUUUUCACUGGUGAACGACGGCAAGAGAAAAAUUUGAAAUCUGCGUAGGCCUCUGAGUUGUCGAGGUAUUUGACGUUGAAUAAUGUUUGCUUUGCGAUAGAUCUUAUCAUUCCAUCUACACCAUACACAAACAUUCGAGAUGGAUUACUCACUAGAAUCCACACAUUAAAUUAAGAGACUCAACAAAUUAAGCGUCACACGGAGGUACGACAGGAGCAGAAACAAAACAAUUUUCCUUCAAUACCUUUUACGCGCGUAAUCGAACUUGGCAACUGGCGUAAUUAUUUAUUCAUCUAAUUAAUAUUUAUUCUCCCGUGUGGUCUAAGAUACAGUGUGAUUGGGAGCCACAGUCGCCAAAAUAUUUUUAAAAUAUUACUUCAAAGAAGUGGCCGUUUGUCUGUGGAGGUUGAGAAGCUUUCGUUGGCAUAAACUCCACAGAGAUGAAAGAGUAAGAUACGAAUAUUCUUUUCCAUAUUUUAUACUUUAUCUUUAUUAGGAAAUUAUGUAAAAUUGUGUAACAUUGCACUGUCCUCCUUAGCAUAUUAUGUCUGUUGUUUGGUAUAGUUCAAAACUUUUUUAUUUCAAAACAUUUUUAGUCCAAUUGAAUUUUCCAAGGGAUAAAGCAGCUACAAUAUAUAUCUCUCUGCUCUGAGAUAUACCAACAGAUUGAUCAAUUCUAGGCUCAGUUAUUUAACAUCACAUGAACAAAGGGAUUAAUAUUACAAAUGUUAGUUGGUUGAUAAUUUAAUGAAUAAAGGGGUAAGUUUCUAAAGAAA